UAUUUCUCCUUCGAAUCAGUGAAAGAGUUAAUUUUAAUACGAAUGUGCAAGAAUUAUAGUGUACGUGCUAGGGAUUAAAGAUCAGCUAUUACAAAUUGUCAAUCUAUAAGCCACCAGCCACUAGCUCGCAUUGCACUUUGACCUUAUCUUUAUAUGUAACAGGAAAAGAGCUGUUCUGAGCCCAGACAGGAGGGGAGCACUGCGCCUGUAGGAGCGGCUGGCUAGAGGACACAGGAACUGUUGAGUACAUGAGAGAUGGAUAUGAUAUUUGGUAGAAAUAAAGAAGAACACCCGGAGCCCAUAAAAGCUGAGGUGCAAGGUCAGUUGCCCACUUGGUUGAAAGGGAUACUUCUCCGAAAUGGCCCAGGGAUGCACACAAUAGGGGACACCAAGUAUAACCACUGGUUUGAUGGCUUGGCUCUGCUGCAUAGCUUUACAUUUAAAAAUGGUGAAGUUUACUACAGAAGUAAGUAUCUCCGAAGUGACACAUACAACUGCAAUGUGGAAGCAAACCGAAUCGUGGUGUCUGAAUUUGGAACUAUGGCUUAUCCAGAUCCAUGCAAAAAUAUAUUUGCCAAGGCAUUCUCAUAUCUGUCUCACACCAUUCCUGAGUUCACAGAUAACUGCCUGAUCAACAUUAUGAAAACUGGGGAUGAUUUUUACGCUACCAGUGAGACUAACUUCAUCAGGAAAAUUAAUCCGCAGACUCUGGAGACAUUAGAGAAGGUUGACUAUAGCAAAUAUGUAGCUGUAAAUGUGGCAACUUCUCACCCGCACUAUGACAGUGCCGGCAAUAUUCUCAACAUGGGUACUUCAAUAGUUGAUAAAGGGAAGACAAAAUACAUUCUAUUUAAGAUUCCUCCUUCUGUGCCAGAAAAAGAAAAGAAGAAAUCUCGUUUUAAACAUCUGGAAGUGGUAUGCUCCAUCCCUUCUCGGUCUCUGCUCCACCCAAGCUACUACCAUAGCUUUGGAAUGACAGAAAAUUACAUUGUCUUCAUAGAGCAGCCAUUCAAACUGGAUAUUGUCAAAAUGGCAACUGCUUACAUCCGAGGUGUGAACUGGGCUUCCUGCCUUGCCUAUCAUAAGGAAGAUAAGACUUGGUUUCACUUUGUAGACAAGAAGACUAAAAAAGAAGUAUCCACCAAAUUUUAUACUGAUGCUAUGGUGCUUUUUCACCAUAUAAAUGCUUAUGAAGAGGAUGGCCACAUUAUUUUUGAUAUUAUUGCCCAUACAGACAAUAGCUUAUAUGAUAUGUUCUAUUUAAAAAACCUGAGUAAAGACUUUGGAGAGAAGAGCAAGCUUACCUCCAUACCAACCAGCAAACGAUUUGUUGUUCCUCUGCAGUAUGACAAGGAUGCCGAAGUAGGUUCUAAUUUAGUCACCCUUCCAUCUGCCGCAACUGCUGUAAAAGAGAAAGAUGGCAGCAUCUACUGCCACCCUGAAAUACUAUGUGAAGGAAUAGAACUGCCUCGCAUCAACUAUGACUAUAAUGGCAAAAAAUACAGCUAUGUCUUUGCAACAGAAGUCCAGUGGAGUCCAGUUCCUACAAAGAUUGUAAAGUUUAAUAUCCAAACAAAGGAAAUGCUCUACUGGGGAGAGGAUGACUCCUGGCCAUCUGAGCCCGUUUUUGUUCCCAGCCCUGAUGCAAGAGAAGAGGAUGAUGGCAUUGUUCUGACCUGUGUUGUGAAGUCUGAUCCAAAGGAAGCACCCUUCCUACUUGUCUUGGAUGCUAAAACAUUCAAAGAAUUGGGCCGAGCCAUAGUAGAUGUAGAAAUGCCUGUGGACCUGCACGGAAUGUUUAUACCAGAGAAAGAUUUGAAGACUGAGACUGAGUAGGAAACAGAAUGAAGUCAUUGUCAUUUACUAUCUCCCCAUCACAUGAGAAUCUGGGCUUUGGUGACUUGUUCGUGAUUACGUCAGAUGUUUACGGCAGAGCAGGAAUUGAACCAACAUCAUCCACGGUUCUUGUUUGCUCUGUAACAACUAGACCUCCCUUUCUCUGCUUAAGCCUUUGCAGUUUGUAAGUAUAAAGAAUAUACAGGCUAUUUUUAAUGUAAAAAAAAGGCGCUGUGGUCAGAUCUAGAGUUAAAAUAUGCAGUUUGGGGCAUUCAAAUGUUUAUAUAUUCCAUAAAAUGGAAGUAAAUACUUCAGUAAGGUGUGUCCGCAGAAAUAGUCAUCUUUAGUGUUUGCAAGGCAUAUUACCACAACUAUUUAAGAGAACUUUAUCUUCUAAAGAAGAAAUUGAAUGCCAUUUUUGUAAGUAAUAUGGAACCAGUACUGGAAUGGAAGACUGACUUCUGAUGUUGGCAAAGCACACCAGCUGUGGGGUUGUUUCUUUUAAUCUGAAAAAGUUUGGAUUUAACAAGUCUCCACAAAUAUUUCUGGAAUUAUAAGGUGGUAAUGAAUCAAAAGCCUAACCAUUAUUACAGAUCUCCUUUCAAGAGUUUGUUUCCAGAAUUUCUUCUGUAGAAUUCAUAGUGUUAUGUUUUUGGAUGUUCACGAGUUUGGAUAUAGGACUUACUUCUAGGGAGCUAAUUCUUACUGGCGGAGAUGACAUGACAGGGGAAUAUUCAUUAUAAAAACGAAUCAGAUUUGUUAUCUGCAGUCCAGGAAAGCAAAUGUAUUAUUUAUGUUCAUGCAUACUGCAGAAAAUAAAUUAUAAAAACUUGU